AUGGCUGUUCGGAAGCUCAAGAUUGCCUGCGCAGGUCUCGGCCGCAUGGGCAAGCGCCAUGCCCUCCAUUUCCUAAACCGCACUCCUCGCGCCGAAUUGGUGGCAGCAAGCACCCCAGAUGAUGUAGAGAUGCAAUGGGCAAAACAAAAUCUAGAACCUUUCGGAGUCACUCUUUACAGCAGCUACGAGGAGAUGAUCAAGCAGGAAGGCCUCGAGGCUGUGGUCAUUGCAUCCGCGACCAUUGUUCACGCCGAACAAGCCAUCAAGGGCAUAGAAGCAAACCUGCACGUGCUAUGCGAGAAGCCACUCUCCGUGACCGUCGAAGGUUCCCAAACCGUAUUGGACGCCGCGAAGAAGAAGCCCCAUCUCAAAGUCAUGUGCGGCUUCUCCCGCCGCUUCGACGACUCCUACCGCGACGCCUACAACAAGAUGGACUCUGGCCUAAUCGGGCGACCCUCCGUCUUCCGCUCGCAAACCUGCGACAAGCUCGACCCGUCGGGCUUCUUCGUCGCCUACGCCGAGUUCUCAGGCGGCAUCUUCGUUGACUGCUCCAUCCACGACAUCGAUCUCGCGCUCUGGUUCUUCGGCCAAGACAGCAAGGUGAAAUCCGUCGUGGCGUCCGGCAUCACGGCCGUGCAGCCCGAGCUGGCCAAGCACAAGGAUGUGGAUAACGGGGUUGGCAUUGUCGAGUUCUACGGCGGCCAGAUUGCGUAUCUGUUCUGUAGUCGCAUGAUGGCGGCGGGCCAGGACGAUGCUACGGAGAUCAUUGGCACGGAGGGGAAGCUCACGGUCAAUGCCCAGCCCUCGAGCAACCUGGUGAACAUCUAUGAGCCGACGGGCAUCAGGAGGGAGAUCCCGGCCCAUUAUUAUGGGCGGUUCGAGCAGGCGUUUGUGAAUGAGGCGAAUGAGUUUACGAGCUGUAUCUUGGACGAUCUGAGGCUGCCGAUGAAGUUGAGUGGGGCGGUGCAGGCGGUUAAGAUUGGGUGUGCGCUUCAAGAGAGCUUGAAUUCGGGGAAGAAGAUUUACUUCGAUGAGGUGGGAAGGAGAUCUGAAAAGGCACAGCUUUGA